GAAGUCCUGGUCUGCUCUGAAAAACGUCAGUUUGACAGAUGAACUUUUGAUAGAGGCAUGAGAAACAACACCUCACAGUCAUCUCUAAUCUGAAAGGCAAGAGAAAACAGAAGACAAAACCUACUCAAAGUCAGUCCAUCGACUCACCACAGCUAACUCAAAAUCAGCCAUGCAGACAGAUGAGGUUACAUAUUCUGACAUUACCAUCACCAGAACAGAAAAUGGCAACCAGAAGGAAACCAGUGAUAAAGAGGGAGCAAAUGUUGUCUACGCUCAGGUCAAUGUGCUGAAAAAGGCCCCAGCAAAUGAACUGGACCCUCCAUCUGACUCCGGUGACUCUUCUCCCCCGGCCAAACAUGACCCGGCUAACUCCUCCACAAAGUCAUAUUCAGAGAAAGAGAGCCGUGCAUGCUUAUCUCAUCGAUGCAUAGUACUCCUGCUCUCUGUUUGUGUUCUCCUGUUGGCCGUUGCUGUUACGAUGGGAGGGCUCUACAUUAUGAAAGAGGAGGAGUACUCAGAACAGUUAGACAUGCUGAAGAUGGAGAACACUAAUGUAACUUUGGCUUUGAAUGCUACUCAGGCUAAAAUGUCAGAAAUCACAGAGAUGAUGGACAUGCUGCAGGAGCAGUAUGCUAAUGCCACUCAUGUGAUGAGCUCUUUGCAGGCUAACCUUACAGAAACUGAAAGGGUGUUAGCUGAUCAGAAAAACAAAAAUGAUGAUCUCACCAAAGAAAUCACAAACUUAAAGACUGAGCUUCAAGUGAGGAGGUGUGCAGAUAACUGGGAGUAUCAUGAUGGAUCAUGUUACUACUUCUCCUCUGAUAUGAAGAACUGGGCAGAUAGCAGAGAUGCCUGUGUGACCAUGGGAGGACACCUGGUCAUCAUAAAGAGUACAGCAGAAAUGGAUUUCCUAAAGAACAAGAAACAGCGGUAUUGGAUUGGUUUAAGUCAGCCUCAGCCAGGGGACAGCUGGUACUGGGUGGACAACACGCCCCUCACAAACCAAAAAUUUUGGCAUCCAAGCCAGCCAGAUAACUCUAACAACAAAGAAGACUGUGGCAUGGUUUUUGAGUCAGGAAAAUGGAAUGAUAUCUCAUGUCGUGCAACUUUGAAAAGGAUUUGUGAAACUAAAAGUUGUAUAGGCUGAAUUCAAAUAAAGGCAAAAGAAAAA